AUGUUGAAAAACUGCACCUUGGCAGACGCGAUUGCACUGGGCAAGCUACAAGAACAAGUCUGCGGCCUCAAACCAGAGUCCAGGCAACACACGUUACUGGUCGUGAAUCUUGUGACCGGCUCGCUGGCCAUAUUCGCCGUCUUCCUCCGCCUGGCUUCCCGGUAUCUCGUAUCGAAGCAGAUAUGGUCCGACGAUAUCGUCAUCAGUGUCGCUGCAAUCCUCGUCAUUCCUUUCUGCGGCCUGGGCACGUGGAUGGCCGUCCACGGUCUUGGGAAACACACAUGGGACAAUUCGGUGUGGACAGCGACGAAGAUCUUCCAAAUAUUCUGGGUCGAUGAGAUCUUCUACAUUGUCAUCCUGAUGCUCACCAAGGUCUCGAUCCUGCUCUUCUACAUGCGCAUCUUUCCGUCCCGAGGCUUUCAGAUCCUCUGCAACACUAUGCUGGCAUUCGUCGUCCUCUCCGGCGUCGUCGUCCUGCUAUGCCAGCUGCUGCAAUGCCUCCCCGUCCGAUUCAACUGGGACAAAUCGAUCCGCGGCGCCAAAUGCAUCAACGUCAACGCCCUGACUUACGGGCACGCAGGCAUCAACAUCUUCCAAGACGUGCUCAUCCUCGCGCUGCCCAUCCCGUGGAUCAUGCGUCUCAAACUAGAACUCAACCAGAAGAUCGGCCUGGUGAUCAUGUUCCAAGUCGGCACAUUCGCCUGCGUCACCGCGGCGGUGCGUCUCCGGUUCCUGGCCGAGUUCGGCGGCACAAACUCGACGGACCCCCUGUGGGACAACACCGACUGCACCAUCUGGACCGCCGCCGAGACCUACUCGGCCAUCAUCUGCAGCUGUCUGCCCGCCAUCCGCGCACUCUACAAGACAAGCCGGAAGGGUACGAUGACGGAUGCCUCAUCGAACAGGCGGUCUCUGACCGUCUUGUCGGCCCGAGGGGCCGUCGCGGCGGUCUUCUCAAGCAGCAAGUCCAGGUCCUCGCAUCAGGACACCAUCGAGGAGCAUCGUCUGGAUCUCGCCGAGGAGUGGGAGCAAAAGUACGCCGAAGCGGAUCGGCGACACGGACCCAUCACAAUCACACACAAGGACCUUGGGUCGUCGGGUGGUGGUGGGGGCGGCCCCAGGAGAGCAUACAUGCCCGACCUGAAGGAGGAACCUGAUCUCGAGACGCGCCAUUCCGAUGCUAGUUCCGAUCAUGUUGCGUCGCGGACGCGGCCUACCAGCCCGCAUGCUUAUUGA